AUGUUCCAUCCGAUCUCACUGAACACCCAACUGAGUAGCGAUGUUCUGCACGAUGUCAUUUGCACGAUGUCAUUGCUAAGGAUGCUGCCAGUGGUGCCAGCCUGGCGCUUGGAAGAUGCACCGAGACCGCCGAAGCAGAUGGAGUCCUGCGACAGCGACCCCGAAUGCAAGAAGCUCGGCUGGUCCUGGCUCGUUUGUAUGCAGCAGGCGGUCGUGAACGUGAGCGAUGCGUUCGACUGCUUGCGAAGGCUGGAUGACGAGACCUUCAGCAUGAGGUUGUGGGAUUUCGGGAGCGGCCAUUGGCUCUUGAAGCCUCCCAUCUUGGAGGUAACGGUAACGGCUUGGCCGCGCAUCGCGAAGAAGGAGGCUGCCAUGCCCCAGCUCCAGAUUCGAUCCGAGAAAGGCACGUGGCUCUUACAGGCAACUGUUGUCCAUCAUCUUUGCUUCUGCAAGAUGAAGGUCCGCAUGAACAACCUCUGCUUUGCCGGGGAGAGCGUUGCAUGCCCGAACAUCCCGAACUCAUACUGCCUUGGUGACGAGUGCUGUCCGGACCAAUCGUUGUGCCCCUCUGCGCCGUACUACUCCAACAAGAUGUGCGCCCAUCCCAAGAAGAUGGCUUGCAGGGGAACGGACGGCGACAACCCGGCGCAAGUGGAGGAGAAGAAAAAGCAGCUACCGAAGGGUCAAUGUGCGCCUGGCAGCGCCGUGCGAUGCCCAAAUUCAAAGAGCUUCUGCCAGGAAAGCCAGUGCUGUCCCGAUGGCUCGCUCUGCCCCUCCGCGCCCCUCUCCUCGAGCUCGAAGUGCCAGAAGCCCAAGGUGCAUGACUGCACGGGACCAGGAGGCAAACCUCUGAAGCCCCUCAAGAUGAAAGAGGCUUGCAAGGUGAACGAGACCGUGCCCUGUCCCAACUCGAAUCUGUACUGCGCCGGGUCGCUUUGCUGUCCUGAUGGGUCGCCGUGCCCCUCUGCGCCCAGCUCAGCCGUUUGCUGGAAGAAGGCGAAGGUCAUGGACUGCACGCCGCAGGAGGAUCUGCCACCUCUUCACAAGGAGCCUGAGUUCAAGGACUUCGGCCCAUGGGCAAGCAAGAAGGAGGAGGAGCCCUCCACCCAUGGAAACGAUGAUGCCGAGGACAGUGAUGAUGGUCAGGAGACUGACAAGGAGGAGGAGGAGGCAACGAUGCCCGAGCCAGGGGACGAGGACGGUGCCGGGGACGAUUCGACAGAGGAGGCUGAGGCGACAGAGGAGGCUGAGGCGACAGAGGAGGCUGAGGAGCCCCCGUCGACCUCAGGGGGCGGAUGCGAUGCGAGCAAGAAAUGCUUGCCUGGUGCCAGUGUGACAUGCCCAGAUAAGAAGACCGUAUGCUCUGGGAUCAGCUGCUGCCCUGAUGGCUCGCUGUGUCCGUCAGCUCCCUUGCUGGCUCCCGGAACUUCAGGCUGCCCUCGCCCGAAGCAGUAUGAUUGCACCUGCAUGGAGGCGCCAAAGAUCGUGGGGAGAAAGACCUGCGAGAUUGGGGCCAGCGUGCGCUGCCCCGGCAACGAGAAUGUGAGAUGUGCCGGCAUGGACUGUUGUCCAGAUGGUUCGACUUGCCCCUCGGCGCUGCUGGCGACGCAGUGCCCGAAACCGAAGGUCCACGACUGUACAGGCCAGACACUGGAAACGGAGAUGAAGGUGGCCAAGUCCAUGGCCUUCCUCAAGCGCUUUGCCCACCAGCGGUCCGGUGCGGAGGUUUCAUGGCUUUGGGCAGCCAUUCCCGGUGUCGCCGCCUGUGCGCUUCUGAUGGUCGUGGCCUUCUCCAUGGCGAUGCAGGCGCGCCGCUUCAAGCCGGCUCCACGGAUUCAGGAGGAGGACUCCUCAAGCGAAAGCACCUCCAUGAUCUCUCACGCCACUGAGAGGCUGCUUCACUAA